UCAGUUGAACACUAAAGGUCAAAAUUGGAAGUAUCCUCGAGCCUUUUCUAGAUCUUCGCCUGCUUUUCGAAGCAUACAAUUUAACUGAAAAAAGAGAUCUUUGAGGUGUGGAUUAUUCUCAUUUGACGAGGUCUUAUUUAGGAUUGCAAUGUCUUCACCGGCUGAAUUUUAUAACUCUCUUCCACCAAUAAGCAAGGCUUAUGGGACUGCAUGCUUAAUGUUCACUACAGCCUUCCAAUUAGGACUGUUAAAUGUUUUUUACAUUGCGCUGCUAUAUGAAUAUGUAUUCAAGUACUUUCAGGUGUGGAGGCUGAUUACAAACUUCUUUUUCCUUGGAAAAUUUUCUAUCAAUUUUGGGAUACGCCUUUUAAUGAUCAGAUAUGGAGUCCAACUAGAGAAUGGGCCAUUUGAGAGACGGACAGCUGAUUUCUUGUGGAUGAUGAUAUUCGGUGUGUUGUCAUUGUUGGUUUUGUCCGCAAUCCCUAUAUUCAGAACCCCUUUCCUAGGGGUAUCUCUUGUUUUCAUGCUCCUUUAUGUCUGGAGUAGAGAGUUCCCAAAUGCUCAAAUCAACAUAUACGGUCUUGUGACUCUUAAGGCAUUCUAUCUACCUUGGGCAAUGCUUGCUUUGGAUGUUAUUUUUGGUUCACCUCUUACCCCAGAUCUGCUCGGAAUCAUUGCUGGACAUCUAUAUUACUUCUUGACUGUGUUGCAUCCUCUUGCAACCGGAAAGGUCUUACUGAAGACACCUAUGUGGGUGCGUAAACUGGUUGGAAGAUGGAGAAUAGGAGUUCCAACACAGCCAAGCAGUCGACCCAGUGCACAGCCCGAUAGCUCAACAGGUGUGGCUUUCAGAGGAAGAUCAUAUCGACUUAGUGGAUGAUUGCUGAUAUUCGAAGUUGGCCUUAAGAUUCAUGUAUUUUUUCUUGGGGAAAUUAAAGGGAUCCUAAACAAAGCCAAAUGGUCCAGAUGGGCACUUUAGAGUUCCUUUUGCCAGGAUUCAAAUUCCGUGUUCUAAAUUAGUAUUUGAAUUUUGUUUCUAUCUCUGAUUUUAUUGUUGAUGCGUGCCUUCUUCUCUGCCAAAAUAUUAAAAGUAAUACUCUUUUGAGUUUUAGAAUUGUUUAUUCAAACUGUCCUAUUAGAAAUAAUAAUACACAUAUUUCCUUUUAUA